CCCUCUCGGUGGGCCACGCAAGCGGUCGCGAGCUCUUUCGAGAUGUACGCACAAACAGGAUCAGAGUAUGUCCUUCGAGCAUAAUCAGCUAUGACGCCUCGGAAAGCACCCGCCAAAAGAGGGUAGUAUAAAGGGGACCACACAGUAGAAGCCUCAUCAUUCCAACGCUCGACGUCGUCUCUCUGAUUGCUCGACUUCGUCACCUCAGCCCCUCAGCACUUUUGCCAUGUCCGCCCCAACCGUGAAGUACGUUCAGCUCGGAAAGAGCGGUCUCCGGAUCUCUGUUCCUGUCCUUGGUGCUAUGAGCUAUGGGAACCCCAAGUGGGCGGCCACGAAUGAAUCGACACAGUGGGUGCUUGACGAAGAGCGCGCCCUGCCCAUCCUCAAGGCAGCCUGGGAUCGUGGAAUCAACACCAUCGACACCGCCAAUGUGUACUCGAACGGCGACUCCGAGCGCAUCGUCGCCAAGUUUAUCGAGAAGUACCAAAUCCCUCGCGACGAGAUCAUCAUUGCCACCAAAUGCUUCGGCCUCGCCGCGAAGGACCACGACCACGAAGUAUUCACACCCACGCAGUACCAGGUUAUGCGCCAGCGCAAGGAAUACGUUAACUGGAUGGGCCUCUCUCGCGCGGCCAUCUUCAACGCCGUCGAAUGUUGGAAUUCACGCCGGGCAUCGUGCCCAUCCCCGAAGGUCGUCGUAUCGUCCCGAUUAGUAUAG